GCUACAAUGCGGAAACUGGUGCAGGAUGCUUCGCCAAAAUACUGAUCGUGUUUGACGAGUGCAAGGGCAUUUGAAAUUGCAGCAUCGAAAAACUGAUUUUUAAGUUAUUGGUCAGUUGGUCGGCUAGAUAUUUGUGAUUUGAAGUAUUACUAUCAACCCUACGCGGAGUUGACACAGUACAAUGCAGGAAAAGAAUGCCCACCUGCACAAUGCCAAUGGCAACUACCAGAGUAAUGACACCAGCUGCAAGUUUACUCCCAGGCAGUUGGAUGUACAGAAGAGGCGGGAUGAUAGUGACAACCACCGGAUGAUUUCUAUUGUGUUCCUAAGCCUGUUGAUUGACCUACUUGCAUUCACCAUGAUUCUACCUCUUCUGCCAUCCUUGCUGGAUUACUAUGCUCAACAUGAUCAGGGUGGUCUUCUGCCAGAACUGCAGUCCAAAAUCGACAGCUUCAGGGAGCUCCUUGGAAUUCCUGACACUCAGAAAUAUAAUUCUGUACUGUUUGGGGGUGUGAUUGGGUCAUUAUUCUCGUUCCUGCAGUUUGUAGCCAGUCCUGUCAUUGGUGCUGCAUCAGAUGUAUAUGGUAGAAGACCUCUGAUGUUGGUGACAAUGACAGGCAUAGCAAUUUCCUACUGCGUAUGGGCUGUCUCACACAACUUUACGUUAUUCGUCAUUGCACGUGUCAUUGGAGGCAUCAGUAAAGGUAACGUCAGCCUGAGCACAACCAUUGUGACUGAUGUGUCCACAGCCAGUACCAGAGGCAAAGGAAUGGCACUCAUAGGAAUUGCCUUCUCCUUGGGCUUUAUCAUGGGGCCCAUGAUUGGAGCCUAUUUUGCUAUGUCAGCAGGUGGUAAGGGAGAGGCCUUGUACGUCAAGCCAGCCUUGUUUGCAAUCAUACUAGCUGUGGCUGACAUUGUCUUCAUCUUCUUGCUUUUCAAAGAGACACUACCAAUGCACAAACGAGCGAAGUCAUUUGGCAGUAGCUUCAAGGAUGCAUGUGAUCUCAUCAGUCCACUCUCCCUGUUUCUCUUCUCGGCUGUCAAGAAAUUGAAAGUAUCUGAACUGCGGAUGCUUCGUCUGCUUGGUCUAUGCUACUUCAUGUAUCUCUUCAUAUUUUCAGGGUUAGAGUUCACUCUCACAUUCCUGGUUCACCAAAGAUUUCAAUACACAAGUAUGCAGCAGGGUAAGAUGUUUGUCUUCAUUGGUGCUGUCAUGGCUCUAGUGCAGGGUGGCUAUGUGCGUCGAAUAAGCCCUGGCAAGGAGAAACGGAUAGCAAUUAUUGGGAUUUUGGUUCUGAUACCAUCUUUCAUCAUCAUUGGCUGCAUACAGACAUCAGUGCCGUUCUAUGCUGGCCUAGCAUUGUUUUCUUUUGCUGCAGGUACUGUGGUGUCUUGUAUGACUACUGUUGUAUCUGCAUAUGGUUCAGUGGACCAGAAGGGCACCAUUAUGGGUAUUUUCAGAUCACUAGGGGCACUAGCACGAGCAUCUGGGCCAGUUGUAGCGUCUAUGUGGUUCUGGAGUCUGGGACCAACUGUCUGCUAUUCUGUGGGUGGAGUCCUGCUCAUCCUACCUAUUGUUGGUCUCUCCAGAGUGGUUCCUCUCAAAGUGGAGCAAUGAGGGGAGGCCACCGGAUUUAAACUAUGAUAAACAUCUGUGAUAUGCAAAUUAUAAACAUGAAUAUUUGAAAGGUUGAUGCGAUCACUUACUACUAUCCCCCAAAAUAUCUAGCAAAUAAUUGAAAAAUGAAAUUUAAAUAAACCAAAUCCUUAACAUUUAUGGGUAAAUAAACCCAGUUUAACAAAAUGUGAUUGAUUUUAUUUCGUAUUCCAAAUGCUAUUGGUUAAAUGCUAUUAUGGUCCAAACAAUGGAGAUGGUUUUCCUAAGGAUCAUUGUCACAAGCCGGAGUCAAGGGAUUAGACAUGGUCUUGACUGGAUAUUUGUGUGUAACAAAUCCUUGAGUAUUGAAUAACACAACUACUCUCAAUCCAAACAAAUGUGCAAACACUUGCCUUAGUAUUUUGAAAAAGAGGUCUGUUUUGCAUCUUUUGACAAGUUGAAACCUAAGUAUUAAUUACUUCAGUAGAAACACUUAUUUUUGUAGUAUACUGGUGAAGGGUGCAAAGCUGUAUAUUUUUAAUAGAUCAGAUAAGGUUGUAGAUCGGAUCCGUAAUCAUAGGUAGAUAUUUGUUAGACGUCUUGUUUUAUCUAUGAUAUUAAAAGGGCAAGGGAACAUUUUUUUUACUAAUAUAAAGCUUUUAUUUUGCAGAUGGCACACAGUUAGAUUUACAUUAAUCGCAAUGAGACAGGUUAAUCACCUUUCACGGCAAUAUAUAAGUACAUACCUGAGGGAUACAUAACGGCGCACAAUUCACAAGAGGGAUAUUGAGGGCUCUUCUCACAUGUAAAUUUGUGUACAUUAGAAUUACAGUACUAACUCUUUAUUUAAAUACGUUAAACAAAGGAUAUGAAGUGCAAAUUAAAUACGGAGAAUUUUGACGCGGCCAGCCUUGUACAAAUUUCGUGAUGAAAGUGUUUUUGCGUGGCCUUGGGUGUUCCAUUGUGCUUUCUGAGCUUUGUUACUGGAGAUAAACGGCUGCUAAACUUACCUGCAAGCCUUUGAGGCAACAUGGACGAACGUAUGCUCAGUUAUAGUGUAUUUACUCUUUAACAUUUAGUUGUACAAUAGUUCCUUACAAAGCCUUUCCAUUAUACACUUCUACUCAAGAUAUUAACCAAGCUAGUUUUUGUAUAUUUUGACAAGAUUUGAAAACUUUGGUCACAAUAUAAAUCAUGUUAUGUUAA